GCCGCCUCCUCGUCCUGCCCAGCAGCAGAGAGCUCUGGCACCACCUCCUCUUCAACUCGUCGCUCCUCCCCCUCAGCUGCUCCUGCCGGCAGCCUGGAGGAGCAGCCUCCCUGCAGAGCAGCACGAGUGGGUCAGCAGGGCUCUGUUUGUGGGCUACAAGUCAGGGUGGCCCGUCCUGUCCACGGACUAUCAGCUGUGGCACCACCCCCCCGGCCCCCGGCUGAAGUACCACCAGCGGCCCUCCUCCCCAGAUGCUUUCUUCCAGCGGCCCUUCUUCUUCUGGGCGCCGAACAAAAUGUGGCAGUACCACCUGAAGUGCCCAAGCUGCGCACACAAGAUGACGGGUAGUGGUCUCUACAAGACCGUGCGCAGAGUUCUGGACACCAACGGCUGGUACUACAUGGGGUCGGAGUACCUGGAGUGCAGCUCCUGCACAAAGAAGUGUGCCGGCUGGGCAGCGAACAUCAGGAGCCAGCUGGACCUGGACCACCAGCUGCUCUUCCCUGCUGUGCUGACCUACAGGCUCUCUUGUGACCGGAGUGUGCUGGCUCAAUUGAAGGGGCGCACGCUGGACAACAGCGCCAGCCGGCUGCACUCCUACCUGGUGGAGCAGCACACGACAGAGUGGAUGACGAGGAGCAUCCACUACCUAAACACCUGCAGGAAGUUUGUGGUUGCAGGUGUGCAGAUGCCACCUCCUCAGCCUCCACCACAGAUGGUGCCUGUCCCCAGCAGCGGCUGGCUUCUGUCCACCUUCGUCCUGGAGUCCUUUACGAGGAUCGAGGAGCUGAAGGCCAAGGUGACCUCUACCUUUGGCUCCAUUCUCAAAAUGGACUCCACCAAGAAGGUGACCAAGAAGCUGGCGGGAGCAGACGCUGGUACCGCUCUGUGGAUGAGCAGCGUGGGGAACGAGCUGGGGCAGGUCCUGAUGUCCGUGCUGACGGCCGCUGAGGGCUACGGCCUGAGAGACAUGGCGCAGGGCCUGCAGAACCGGUACCAGCUGGCAGGGAAGGAGCCUCCACAGGUCCUGUAUGUGGACAGGGACUGCUGCCGGAGGGACGGAGGCACCUGCGCUGCAGCUGCUCUCUUCCCCGCCUGGCCACGCCUGGCUGUCAGGCUGGACAUCUGGCACUUUAUACGCCGACUGGCAGUAGGCGUGACCUCCGAGAGCCACCCCCUCUACCCCGAGUUCAUGCGGCGUCUCUCCAGCUGCAUCUUCGAGUGGGACCCGGAGGACCUGUCCCUCUUGGAGACGGCCCUGCAGGCGGGCGGGUCCAGAAGGACGCCGUCCAGCAAGGAGUUGGGUCGGCACUGCCGCCGCCGCACGCGUGGGGCUCAGGAGACCGAGCGUCUCCUUGGAGAGGCGGUGGAGGCGUUCAAGGGGGCCACCGAUGCCAUGAACGUCCCCCUGCUGGACCGACGCCGCAUGGAGGAGAUCCUGGAGACACAGAGGCAUCACAUCCCCUGCAUUCAGGAUCCUGCUGGUCUCUGCCUGUACACCAAGACGGGACAGCUGACCCGGGGGGGGGUGUCUCUGCCCGUCUACCGCUGUGCCCGCGGCUCCACGUCCCUGGAGUCCUUCCACCUGCACCUCCACAGGUUCAUCCCGGGCUCCUCUGCGAGGGGGACAUUCCUCCAAAUGUUACUGUUGGAGGGGCUCACGAGGUGGAACGAGGACCGGGGAAAGGCGGCAGCGGGGGGGGCCGGUGUUCCGGAUUAA